AUGGACGAGGCCACCCAAAAUUCAGAUACUGUGACGGUUAAGAGCCGGUCAAAUCACACCAAUCUAAUGGACUUUCCUGCAGAACUUCAGUUGGAGAUCGCCUCCUACCUCACCUAUCCGGACGCCUUAGCUCUAAAGCACACAUGCAGCUAUUUCUACGCUUUGGUCUAUACAGGCGUACAUCUCAAAGUGGACUGGUUCGUCGAGCGCUUCGAGCACAAACUUGAGUGUCCUAUGGAAAAAUGUUCUUUCCGAACAGAUGAAGCGUUCUGCAACGCGCGGAUCCAGCACAUUAUGGAGCGUCGCCGCUGGCAUUUGGAGUGUCGGCGUAUUCCAGGUGGAUGCUGGGUUAUCGAGGGUAACACUUGUCAGAGGGAUUUAGUACCUUCUUGGCUGAAGAUGCAGGGUUCGAGAAAGAGUGUGAAGAUGUUGAUUGCCUGGGGACGCGAAAGUAACCUUCUUCUGAGUCUGCUUUAUAAUUAUUGUUUACUAACCUUUUUUUCCUUGUAUAGCUUUGAUAGUGGGCACUAUUGCGCUGUUUUUACAAUUGAUGUGGAUGUUUGUACAGAGGUAUGA